AUGUCAGCAGAAGAAAGACUUAAACGACUUGAAGAAGUUUUCCUCAGUGGAGCAGCCAAAAGUAAUGGCCUGGCUUUGAGUGUAGAAACUCUUCUAGAUGCUUUGCUUGUCUUAUAUGAUGAGUGUAACAGUGCAACAUUACGAAGGGAGAAAAUAUCUGCGAGUUUGUUGAAUCGGGUGGCUGUAGUCAAGGAAAAAUCGACUGAUAAUGUGUAUGCAAUGAAGAUACUCAACAAAUGGGAAAUGUUGAAAAGAGCAGAGGAAACUGCCUGUUUUAAAGAGGAGCGAGAUGUUUUGGUGUUUGGUGAUAGACGGUGGAUCACAAAUUUACAUUAUGCCUUCCAGGAUGAUAACUUUUUGUACCUCGUAAUGGAUUACUACUGUGGAGGAGACCUGCUGACCUUGUUGAGCAAAUUUGAAGAUCGCUUGCCUGAAGAUAUGUGCAAGUUCUACAUUGCUGAAAUGGUUCUGGCAAUCAGUUCAUUACACGAGCUGUACUACGUACACAGAGACAUUAAACCUGACAAUGUACUGUUGGAUAGGAGUGGGCACAUCGUGCUGGCCGACUUUGGAUCAUGCUUGAAGUUGAUGGAAAAUGGAACAGUCCAGUCUUCAGUGGCAGUUGGAACUCCUGACUAUAUAUCUCCAGAAAUUUUAAGGGCUAUGGAGGAUGGCCAUGGCCGUUAUGGGCCUGAGUGUGAUUGGUGGUCUCUUGGUGUCUGUAUGUAUGAGAUGCUGUAUGGGGAAACACCUUUCUAUGCUGAAUCUCUGGUUGAAACAUAUGGCAAGAUCAUGAAUCAUCAGACAAGAUUUGAAUUUCCAGAUGAUGUGGAUGAUGUGUCCCCAGAAGCACAAGACCUGAUUCGGAGACUGAUAUGUGUCCCGGGUGAGAGGUUUGGCAAAAAUGGUUUAAAGGACUUUAAAAGCCAUUCAUGGUUCUCAUCUAUUGACUGGGACAACAUUCGGGACAUGGAACCACCAUACCGACCUGAAGUUACAAGUUCAACAGACACAUCCAAUUUUGAUGUUGAGGACACAGAUAGCAGGCACACAGACACAGUCCCACCGACUUCUCAUGCUGCAUUCAAAGGACAUCACCUACCAUUUGUUGGCUUCACCUUCACUAAAGAUUGCAAACUUUCCGACCUGAGCAUAUUGAUGUCAGACAAUGAAGUGGAAGGAAGCAAGCAGGGUGAUGUACAGAACGAGAUACUUGAACGUAAGAUUAAAGGCUUGGAGAAGGAGAACAAAGAAUUAAAUCAGAGAAUUCAAGAUUUCUUGAUUACGAUACGUGAGCUACAGAAUGUGAAAAAUGAUGGGGGAGCCGUCUCUGGGUCUGAUGAGAAUCUGCUGCAGCAACAGAGAGAAGAGAUUGAAGUUCUCCAGAAAGUGAUAUCUGACUCUCAGGAUGAAGUGAGAAGUCUGGAACAAGAGUUGAAAAGAACCAACGAAGCUGUGUUUGAUCUCAAACGGAAACUAAAACUUUCAGAAGAUGAGAAAGCAGCGUUUGAGAAGGAAUUACAGGAAGAAAGAGAGAAAUACAAGUCCCAAUCAAGAGAUCUCAAAGAGGCUGUUAACAAGCAGAAAGUAGUUAUGGACCAAUACACAGAUGUUAAUGACCAAUUUAUGAAACAACAGUCCAAAGUCAGAGAGCUGACAAGAGAGCUCAGGAACAAGGAAGAAGAGAUCAGCGAUCAACAAAAAACAUGUGAAACUUUUAAGCAAGACAAGAGAAAAUUAGAGAGAACUAUUAGUGAGCUGCACAAUCAGAUAGAUGAAGCUCGUUCAGAAUCAGUCAAAGAAAGUCGUCUUCGAGAGAGGGCAACAGCAUAUUCUAAGGAGUUAGAAGCCGAAAUUGAACGCUUGAAGCGAUCACAGCUCGGCCGUCAAGCAUCUGUUGAUCCAGCAGAGCUCAGUAAAGAAAUUUCUCGGUUGAAGGCAGAGUUGGAUAAAAAAGCGUCGGAGCAUGAAGAACAGAUCGCUCAUCUAACUUCCAAGCACAAUUCAGAACUUAAUGCUGUCAACUAUCAGCUGCAGGACAGUGAGUCUAAGAGAUCAGAACUGACAGGGAAACUGUCCAAAUUACAAGGGAAAAUAACAGAACAGCAGAGCAGGGAGGAGCUUCAGGAGCAGAUCGCAAAGCUGCAGUCACAGAUUGAAGCUGCUGAACAUACAAUUAAAACUAUCACUGAAGAAAAGAAGAUACUACAAGAGGAAUCUCAAUCACAAUUCAACCGGCUUGAAACUUUGGUAAAGGAAAAGAAACAGAUGGAAGAUGAGAUGAAGGAUGUGUAUGAGAAGAGACAGUCAGUUACACAGUGGGAAGGACAGAUAUCAGAGAUCAUUAAGUGGGUCAGUGAUGAAAAGGAUGCUCGUGGUUACCUGCAAGCUCUGGCAACAAAGAUGACAGAAGAGUUGGAAAAUUUGAAAGUCAUGGGAGGCUCUGAGGAGGCUUCACGCCUUAGGUGGAGGAGCCGCCGAUCUGCAAAAAUGGAUAAGAUGGAAUUGCUAAACCUGCAGCUACAGAUACAGUCUGAACUUCAGGCCAAGCAGCAAGUGAUUGAGGAGCUGUCAAAGACCAAAGAUGAGCUGGCUACUACUGAAAAUAAGUUGCAAGAAAGUAAUGAGCUGGUGAAUGAGCUAAGGAAAACAAUAAAAGAUCUGGAGCUGAAGAUCAACAACAUGAAUGACCAGAAUAGAAUUGACCAAUUCACUGGUAAUAAAGUUUAUGUAUCCCAUCCAGCUUAUAUGGUGAAAUCCUUUUCAGGGGAACACGGGAGAGGGGAGAACAGUUCUAUCUUGAAGUACAUGAAUGCUCGCUAUGCUCUUCUUCCUGAUCAAAUAUCAAACGACAGUGAGAGAGAAGAUGACAGCGAGGCAGACAACACUUCAAGAACAGACUCCAGAACAGAUUCCCACACUGACCUUCAGACAGCCAGUGACAAAGAUUCAUCUCUUCCCCGGGAUGUGUCCUUUACCCUGCCUUAUGAGCCUGUAAAGAUGAGCAGUUUAAACAAGCCUGGCAGUCCUGGUCUUCGCAGGGCAUGCUCUCUAGGUGGUGCGGACAGACCUCGCUCACCCAAAUCUCCACAUAUCAAACAACAUAGGUUUGUGGUGAAAUCUUUCCAGUCUCCUGUUAAAUGUAACUACUGCAGCAGCCUACUUGUGGGUCUCCAUCGGCAGGGCAUCAGCUGUGAAGCCUGUAACUACACAUGUCAUGUUGGGUGCAUGGGGAAAUGUCCGGAUCACUGCCCAGUUCCUCCUGAGCUUGCAAAACGUUCAUUUGGAAUAGAAAAGGGACAGUGCUUAACAUGUGAAGGAUUUGUCAGGAUUCCUAGACUUGGUGGUAUCAAGAAGGGUUGGGUGAGGGAGUAUAUGGUCAUCUGUGAUUUCAAGAUUUUCUUGUAUGAGAUUUCUACAGAAAAGGGAACACCUGGCCAUGAAAUUCAACAAGUUGUGGACAUGAGAGACGAGGAGUUUUCUGCAACAGCGGUACUACCCUCUGAUGUGAUUCAUGCCAACAAAAAGGAUAUUCCAUGUAUAUUUAGGGUAACAACUUCAGAAAUGAACCCACCAGGAUCACAGCACCAAAUACUUCUGCUUGCUAAUAAUGAGAAGGAAAAGGAAAAUUGGCUUGUAGCCUUGAAAAAUCUGCACAUGCUCUUGCGCAACAAGAAUCUUCCAAACAAAAAUGUAUAUAGUCCUCAAGAAGUGUGUGAUAACUCUCUAUCUCUGGUGAAAGUGACAUAUUCUGCUGCCAUAUUAG